AAUUGACCAGUUCAAGGGUUAAGAUGAAAGGGAGGUAAUUUCUUCCUUCCGGCCGGCAUAUCGCACUGAAUCAUGGCUGCCACAUUGAAGCCUUACUUGACAUGUGUGAAAGAAACACUUACUGCUGCAAUGUGCGUGCAGAACUUUGACUCGCAAGUAGUGGAACGACACAAUAAACCUGAAGUAGAAGUUAAGACCAGUAAAGAGCUGCUGCUAACCCCAGUUGUCAUCAGUCGUAAUGAGAAAGAGAAAGUCCUGAUUGAGAGUUCUAUCAAUUCUAUACGAAUUAGCAUAGCUGUUAAACAGGCUGAUGAAAUUGAGCGGAUUCUUUGUCACAAGUUUAUGCGUUUCAUGAUGAUGCGGGCUGAAAACUUUGUAGUCUUACGACGAAAACCUGUCGAGGGCUACGACAUUAGCUUCCUAGUAACAAAUGUACAUACAGAACAAAUGUACAAACACAAACUAGUUGACUUCAUUAUCACCUUCAUGGAAGAGAUCGACAAGGAGAUCAAUGAAAUGAAGCUUGCUGUCAAUUCUCGGGCUCGAAUCAGUGCAGAAGAGUUUUUGAAAAAUUUCUAACUUUUGACAUUAUGAAAUAUCAGGGAUAAAUAUAAACCGGUUGUACAAAGGUUUUACAUCACAUUUGAAAGAUUUGAUUUUAAGAUGGUUCACCAUCUUGGAGUGCACCAUAUAUUCAUUAGAAUAAAUGUUUUGCAUCUGAGAUGUCUAAUGAAGACAUUGUUUUACCUUGAAAAGCUGGUAUGAGAGUAAAAUUACUGUGCAGACUAUUAUGUGCCAUCUUGGAGGUAAAGAUCUGCUUGAGAGUCUGUUUCAGAUCGAAGAUAGGUCUAUGAAAUCAAGGGACCUAGUUUUCUAAUUGUUGUUUAAUUAAAAACCUGUAAAGUGAAUUGUUUUAAAAUAUAAAGCUGCAGCAGAAGAAAUAAAAAGCAAGACAAUAGAGAGGAUAUAGAAAACUACAUGACAGGUCUUUUGUGCAGAUGGUGUAAUAGUUCUGUUUCACUAUAAGAUGUGCGCAAAUUUAAGUGCAAGGAUGCUGCUAGGUUAAAAUAUAAUGCUGCCAUUAAUCAGUCAUGUAAAUGAAUGGUUGUCUUUUUUUUUUGUGAGGUAGGGAUAAAACAGACCUGGAUUGACUUUGUUUUAGUUGUCUCUUCUUUCAGCUGUAAUUUUGCUAUGGUGUGAAACAUAUUUGUAGCUGAAAGUUUUGAUCCAGUGUUGGACACCUGAUGGUUUUGUCAGACAAAAUGUUAACUUGAAUGUGGAAAUGUCAAAGCCUGACUUCUAACAGUUGGAGAUUGAAGGGGGUCUUUCUGUUGUUGCAAACAGAAAAGGAUGUUUCUCUUGAUGAAUUCUGACCUGUAAUUUUUUUUUUCCUCUUGUUUGUCUUAUCACAACUGAGUGCUUUUUCUUGUGGGAAUGGGUAGGAAGUAAUGCAGAGAGUAAUUGAAAAGUAGAGGUGGAUAAGUAUCUGAUCCAUAUCCAGAGGACAGUUAUGUACCUAGUAGGGACCUAGGCUGAAUGCUCUUUGAUACCCGAGUGCCUUGUUGCCAUGGUAAAGUUUCCUUCUCAUUUUGUAGCCUUGGGCAUUGUUAAAGAAAACAGAAUGAUAAUAAUAAUGAGGGAGAGAGUGGCAAUGUUUAAAAAAAAUAAUUAAGCUGCUACAGAUGUGUUUCAGCUUGCUGUAGCUCGGCUUCUCCCAAUCAGUGUUAUGAUAUUUUCAGUUUUAAACUAGUUGUAGUAAUUGCAUGACUGUCAAGGGAACGACUAACAUUCCAUCUUCUUGCUCCAGUCACAUUCGUAUGAGUUAGUUUCUUUAGGCUGUUGUCUCUUUUUUUUUUUCAGUCUGCAUGCCUCCUUCCCUGUCCUUGUGCAUGUGCAUCACCUUGCUUCCGAGAGCAGGCAUGGGCCGAGUUUCUGAUUCUGGCAGGGACUCCAGAUAGUGGACAAGAAAUUGCUGUGCUUCUCCGCACUAGCAAGAGUCCAAACUUUUUAUUUUGGCCUGGUGCUUAGUUUUCACGAAAAAAAAUUUACAAAGACUUGUGCUUCCAUCACAGUGAUGGUGUUUACUCAGACUGUAGUAGUUUUUCCCACAAAGUAAAUUAUUUGUUUUGUCAUUUAUCUCAUACAUGUAGGCUAAGCUUUUUUAUUCUUCCCUAACUCUUCCUAUUUGGGAAUUCAAAUAACCACAUUGUAAUUCACAUGUAGAUGUGGUUGUUGGAAUUGUUUUUUUUUUUGUUUGUUUGUUUGUUUUGUUUUUUUAAAUACUGGGCUAUAAAAUUUAUUGGUUUCGAAGAUAAUAUUAAAAUGAUAGACCUGUAGGCUAAUUAUAGAAGAGUCAACAGCAUAAGACUGCAACAUAUUCUGUAAUCGAACUUGUACAAUAUUACAGUUUAUUUUCUUGCUCUCAGUUUUGUCUUUGGUCAUUUUGUGCUAUCAUUGUGAAAGUUUUAGAAUGGAUUAAACUUAUAUUUUUCAUGCAUUUCUCGAGUUCUUUAUAAGUUCUCUCAUUUUCCCAUUUUUAACAGUCCUUAUUCUUACAGCCUGUUGUAUUUAUAUCAGCUCUACAUACUUGAAAAAAAUUAUCCUUCAUUGUAACCAGCCAUUAUAGAUUCCAUUACCACCAUUAUACUGCAUUUAUAGCUUUAAUCUGUACAAAUGUUGGUUUGUUAUUAUAUACAAUGAUAUUUAGCUCCUGAGCCUUUUAUUUUAGUUUUAGUUGAGUACAGUAAGUUCUCUCUUAAUGUUGUCAAUAGCUCAAUAGGUUUUAUUGUAAACUUUAAGCAAAAGAAUGUAUAAUGAAAGCAGUUUUACCAUAGGCUAAUUGACAUACAUGUAAACAAAAGUUAGUUCCUAAGAAAUAUUUCUGAUUACAAAGUCAUCACCAAACUAAAAAAAAGACCUAAAAUGUGAGAGGAAAACAGAAGCACCCAGAGAAAAAUCACAGAGACAUGAAAAGAACAUGCAGGCACCAUACAGUCAUUCCAACCAAGAACUGAUUUUAUUUUUUUCUCUCAUUAGCAUUAUAUAUGUAUAAAUGACAUUGAAGGAAAUAACAUUAAGUAUGCAUUUACUGUAUCUGAUAUUCAGCAUUUAUCAAACUCUAGAAGGAUCUCAUAAGAACUAUUCUCUGCAAGCCAAGUUUUCCUCAGCACAUUGUUAUUAUUGGGGUUUUGAUAAAUGGAGAACUUUUUAGUUUGAACAUAAAGACUGAAGAAUACAAAGCCAAGAAACAAAGCUAAACUUGCUGCUGAAGAUGAAGUGGUUUCCACACUCCAGGGUAAUGUAAUGUUGCUGUGUGUUUGGACUGAUUACCAGCAGUAGUGUUUGAACCACUUCUGCUUGCAUGACGUUUUAUCAACUGACUAUUCCUCUUUUACAGAGUUGUUUGCUAAUCUAGGUAUGUAAUAAAAUAAAUUUCAUACAAUCGUUCAGAUUUCAGCUUCUUUUGGGAAAGUGAUGCAAUAAUUAUAAUUAUUUGAGUAAGACAUGCAUAAAGGAUGAAGGGCACUGAUGAGAACUUAGCAUUGUAGAGCAAUACAGGUUUUAGCUAUAUAUUGAAAAUGUUUUAAAAUUAAUGGUCUGAUUUUGCAUCGGUUACUUUUAAAGGGUAAAGGGGCAGAGAUAAUGUUCAUAUAGCUCAGUGGUCAAUAAGCUAAAAAGAAAAAAAAACUGUAUAUUUUUGUUAUCUACACGCUGCAACAGUGUUUUGUGCAUUUUUUUGGUCUUUGUUUUUUUCUAAUAUGUAUGUGCCAGCUUUUGAACAUGAGAAUUAUGCGCCUCUGAUUUUUUUUUUUUAUUUUAACGUUUUGCCACUGGCACCAACACCAACAUAUCAAUCAGUAGCUUUUAUUACCAAGAAUUAUAUUGAAGAGUCAUUAGCCUUGAAAAAAAACCAAUCAUAUAAUCUAAGCGUGUUCAGGGAAAUAUUCUGAUAUGACAACAAACUUCAACAGGGAUCAAAUUAAACAACAGAGAUAGCUGAGAUAUGACAUGUUGCAUUAUGCUUGUGAUAUUAAUUUUUUGAUCAAGUUGAAAGAAAGGUUCUUCACUCAGUUUUGCACAUUUUUUGUUUGGUUUAUUAGAUCACUGAUUUCGUGCAUGCUGUUUAAUUUGGUUUUGUUUGUUUGUUUUUCUUUACUGACAGUGUGGAAGUUUUGCAGCUAGAUAAUACAAAAAUAAACCCACAUAUAUCUACAG